AUGCACUUUCGCUUAGCUAUCCCGUUGGUGCUUGCCCACCAGGCCGCCGCUAUGGUGCUUCCUUCGCUUAAUGGUUUUGACGUGGAGUCUGUCUUUGGUGAAACCGCCAUCCUCGCUCGUGAGCCCGAGUCGGAUGCUGCUCCUUCGAAUUCUGCCUCUGCUCGUGCCUCUGGCCCGGCUCCUUUGAUUAAGGCUGCCAAUGCCGUGCUGAACAGAUACAUUGUUGUGUACAAUGAUGGCGUGUCGAAGAGUGACGUGGAAUCCCACAAUAGCUGGAUUUCGAACCUUGUGAGUAAGAGAGCCGUGGCCGAGGAGCAGGAGGACGAUAAGACCGUCAACUUCUUUGGCUUGCCUUCGCUUCUGGGUUACCUGGGCUUGUUUUCCAAGGAUAUCUUGGGCGAGAUCCAGAACAGUCCUUUGGUGAAGUAUGUCGAGGAGGACGCCGAGAUUGACCUCUAUAGCGCCAAGGUCCAGGACGGUGCCACUUGGGGUAUUUCCAGACUUUCUUCUCGUAAGAACGAUGGUUCUUUGGACUCGUACGUUCACGACCCAUCUGGUGGCGAGGGUGUUACUGCCUAUGUCGUUGACACUGGUGUGAAGGUCGGCGAUGCUGACUUUGAAGGCCGUGCUGUCUACGGUAAGGCUGUCGCUUUCCCACGCUUGCCAGUGGACCUCCACGGUCACGGCUCUCAUGUUGCUGGUACUAUCGGUUCCAGAACCUGGGGUGUGGCUAAACUGGUUGACAUUGUGGCUGUGGGCGUCAUGGGUCCAUUGGGCACUGGUUUGACUUCUGACAUCAUCAAGGGCAUUGAAUAUGUCGUUCAGGACCACCAGGAAAACAUCCAGAACAAGAAGAAGGGCUUCAAGGGCUCCACUGUCAACAUGUCUAUUGGUGGAGGUGCUUCUGACGCUUUGGAUGCUGCUGCCAAUGCUGCUACCAAGGCUGGUGUGCACGUUAUUGUGGCUGCUGGUAACGACAACGAAGAUGCUUGCAGCUACUCUCCUGCUAGAGCCAGUGGCCCAAUCACCGUUGGUGCUACUGACAGAAACGACAAGAAGGCUGAAUUCUCCAACCACGGCAAGUGUGUUGAUAUCCAUGCCCCAGGUGUGGACAUUGAGUCCAUUGGCCUCCUUUCUAGCCCUCAGGGCAUGUCUGGUACCUCGAUGGCUGCUCCACACAUCACCGGUUUGGUGUCUUACUUCUUGUCCUUGCAGCCAGGCUUGAGCUCUGAAUUCAACAGCAACCUCAUUACCCCUGCUGAUUUCAAGAGCAAGCUCAUCAAGUAUGGUACCGAAGAUAUCAUCAAGGGUCUCAGCAAGAACACCGUCAACAUCCUCGCUUACAACGGUGCCGAGAACACCACUGAGAUCUGGGAGUAG